AAAAUGGCGGCGGCAGUGUGAACUCUGGUGUCUGCUCCGGGAACUAGCAUGACAGAAGUUUUGUUGCUAGGGCGGAGGAGACCCGAGGAAAGUAAAGCAGAAGAGAAUACCAUGGGACAAACAGUGAAUGAAGAAUCAAUGGAUGCCAAGAAUGACAAUCAAGAGAAAACUACUCAUUCAAGUACAUCUUCUGCACAAAGCAAUAAUUUUGACUGGGACAAGUAUUUGAAAGAGACUGAUUCUGUAAGUGCACCUUCAGAAUACUUCAGACAGUCUAAGACUCCACCAACUAAUGAAUUCCAAGUUGGUAUGAAAUUGGAAGCCCGUGACCCUCGCAACAUUGGUUCAGUGUGUGUUGCUUCUGUUAUUGCAACUACUGGUGCCAGAUUACGUUUACGAUUGGAUGGCAGUGACAAUAAGAAUGACUUUUGGAGACUUGUUGAUUCAUCAGACAUACAGCCUGUUGGGACAUGUGAACAGGCAGGAGAUUUACUUCAACCUCCACUGGGGUACAGAAUGAAUGUUUCAUCAUGGCCCAUGUUUUUACUACGGACACUAACUGGAUCUGAACUGGCCCCUGCAGUGUUCUUUAAGAAGGAACCACCACCGCCACCCCUAAAUAAUUUUAAAGUUGGGAUGAAGAUUGAAGCUGUUGAUAGAAAAAACCCAUUUUUGAUCUGUCCUGCCACAAUUGGAGCUGUCAAAGGAGAUCAAAUUCAUAUUACUUUUGAUGGGUGGAGUGGAACAUUUGAUUACUGGUGCAAAUAUGACUCCCGGGACAUCUUCCCAGUUGGAUGGUGUUGCCUCACAGGAGAUAUAUUGCAGCCACCAGGAAAUAUUGCUGAAAAGAAACCAAAGAGCAGAGGAGUGACUAGACCUUGGAAAGAUGGAGCCACAGCUUUGGAAAGUAUAGAAGCAGCCCCAGAAGCUGCAGAAAAACCCAAGGGCAGUAUAUUCACCAACCCUUUUGAAGAUGAAGACAGACUUGUGAAAGAUGAGCAAGCAGCCCCAGCUGGGGAAAAAACCAAGGGCAGAGGAUUCCCCAAACCUGGACAAGAUGAAGCCAGACCUGGAAUAGAUAACCAAGCAGCUCCAGCUGGGAAAAAACCCAAGGGCAGAGGAUUUACCAAACCUUGGGAAGAAGAAACCAGACCAGGGAAAGAUGUCCAAACAGCCUCAGCUGGGAAAAAACCCAAGGGCAGAGGAUUCACCAAAGCUUGGGAAGAUGAAGCCAGACCAGGGAAAGAUGUCCAAACAGCCCCAGUUGAGAAAAAACCCAAGAGGAAGAGAGUCACCAAACCUUGGAAAGAACAGGCCACACCUUUUGAAGAUGAAGCAGCAGCCCCAGCUGAGAAAAAACGCAAGGGCAAAACAGUGACCAAACCAUGGAAAGACCAAGGCGGACUUUUUGAAUAUGAAGAAGCAGGCCCAGCUAAGCAAAAACGCAAGGGCAAGACAGUGACCAAACCAUGGAAGGACCAAGGCGGACUUUUUGAAUAUGAGGAAGCAGGCCCAGCUGAGAAAAAACGCAAGGGCGGCAAAACAGUCACCAAACCAUGGAAAGAUCAAGGUGGAGUUUUUGAAUAUGAAGAAGCAGCCCCAGCUAAGAAAAAAUACAAGGGCAAAACAGUCACCAAACCAUGGAAAGUCCAAGGUGGACUUUUUGAAGAUGAAGAAGCUGCUCUAGCUGAGAAAAAACGCAAGGGCAAAACAGUGACCAAACCAUGGAAAGACCAAGGCGGACUUCUUGAAUAUGAAAAAGCAGCCCCAGCUGAGAAAAAACGCAAGGGCAAGACAGUCACCAAUCCUUGGAAAAACCAAGCCGGAAUUUUUGAAGAUGAAGAAGCUGCCCUAGCGGAGAAAAAACGCAAGCGCAAAAGAGUCAGCAAAUUUUGGAAAGACCAAGCCAAACUUUUGGAAGAUGAAGAAGCAAUUCCAGCUCUUUUCUCAGCUCUUUCAGUGCACAGUACAGAGAACACACCACCUUCCUCCGCUGAACAAACAAAAUCUUCCACUUCUGAGACAACAAAGCCUUCCACCUCUGAGCAAACAAAGUCUCCCACCUCCAAAGGGGCUCAAUCUUCAAAGAUGUCUCCACGGAAAACAACUAUUGUACUACCAGUAACAAAGACCAGCAAGAAGUCAGGACAAACUAAGUCAACUGGAGAUACUUCAGCUCCUAAGAAAGGCAUUACUAUUAAAAUUGUCCUACCAAAGAAAAUAGGUGGAAAGUCAGGAAAAAAGGAAAAAUGUAUUCCAGUUGUUUCUUCUACAUCUUCAGCUUCUCUCAGUUCACUGAUGAAAAGCUCUUCAUCUAAUAAGUCUUCUGCAGGGCCAUCUAAAAUAGUGAUGUCUACAGUCUGUGUCUAUAUAAAUAAACAUGGAGAUUGUGGCCCCUACCUGGAUCCACAGAAAGUUCAGCAGCUGCCUGACCACUUUGGCCCAGGCCCUGUGAAUGUGAUUCUCCGGCGGACUGUGCAGGCCUGUGUGGAUUGUGCCAUUGACCCCAAGGCUGUGUUUCUAUUUCUUAAGCCAGAUACUCGAGGAGGAGAAAUAAUUACUGCCGCCUUUGAUGGGAAAGUUCAUACCGUUGAGCUCCCUCCAGUGAAUAGUGCAUCAUUUGCACUUCGCUUUCUUGAAAAUUUCUGUCACAGCCUGCAGUGUGAUAAGUUUUUGAGUAGCCAGCCUUUCAACCCUAAGGCUCGUAUUGAUACCCCUACUACAGACCUUGAUCAAAACAAACCAGCAGUAAAUGAGGAACUAAAGGAAAGGAGAAGCCUCAAACGAUUUUCUCAGCAACCUCUACCUUUGGCUCCUGCCUCAUCAAAGGCUCCCAGAAAGACUGGGCGACCCUCUAAAGAUGUCAGCUCUCAGCUACUGCUCCAGCACCAUGCCUGCCUGCCUAUUGCUAUGCUUCCCGCCUUGAUGGUCAUGGACUCUAACCCCCUGGAACCAUCAGCUUCCAGAUUAAAUACUUCCUUCUGCCUUUGUCAUGAUGUUUUGUCAUGGCAAUGGAAAAGUAAGACAGCCUUCUAAUAGUAUUUGAGCUCUUGAAGAUAAGUUCUUUUCUCCCUGUAGUAUUGUCUCCUGAGGGACAUGGCACGUCUAAAAUGAAAAGUUUUUCUGAAACUUCUAAGAAUUCAUCAGUAGGUGAUUCUUUGUAUCCUGCACAUACUUCAGUCUCCAAGAGUGUUUCUGACAUUGUGUCAAAUACUCAAGUAUAUCCAUAGUUAUGAAAAAGUCAUCUAUCUCAAAAACUUAUAAGCACAUUAAAUUCCAAUGGAAGAAGAAAAAUGAAGGUAUAUUCAAGAAUAUUUCAGCCAAUGUAUUUUUUUUCCUUGAGGAUUCCAUGCCUGACUGUUCCUCCUGAGUACCUCUUAAAAUGCCAAAAUUAGAGAGGUCAGGUUCUCUCUUUCACAUUGGAAGGAACAAUACUAUUGUGGCUGAUCCUGUCCUCGUGGUAUUACAGAACUGUCUCGGGGGUUUGGACCACCAAUCAUAUUUGAUAGAGACUUCUCAGAUUAGUAGUUCUCAAACAGGUGUAAGCAACUCCUGAGGUACUGUGAGGACUCUAAAACCUCUCAUGACUCUAAGACCAAGAAGGACACAUUCCUUCUCCUUGUUUCUGAUGUGCUGUCAUAUCUGUUGAGACCUGGAUCAGGUCUCUGGCAUUCUGUUUCUGUAACCACACCAUUUCCCUAAUCACCACAUCCUCUGUCAUUCUCUUAGAUCUUCCAAGAAAAGAUGGAAUCUUAUUUUUGUUAAAAAAAAAAUAGCCUUUCCUGCUGCUACCAUUUACCCUUUUAAGGGUUAAGAGUACAGGAGAGUGAAGGAAGUAAUAAAUGUUCUAACCAUUUUCUCUAGGCUGGGUUGAACAGUAAAGAACCUAGAAAGCAAGUGACUUCAUUGUUUUUUUUUAAAUCAUGGAUGUUAUCUAUGAGCAACCUCACUAUACACAUCUAUGACACAUUUAAUGUUACCCCAACUCCUGUAGUGAUUGUUUCUGUUUUUAAAGUGAUAAUGUUUACCAGAGGUCUAAAGAUUGAUAUUCCAUAAGAACUAAUAUGAAAUGUUAAUUCUAAGUAUGUUAACUAAAUAUCAACUUGUGAUAAAAGGCUUUCUUAGUAAAAGGAUUUAAACAAUUUCUAAUGCUAGUUAUCUGACUUCCAAAUGUAUGAGUACUACUAUUGGCAACCCUAGGAAUGUAGAGAAAAAUAGUAAUGAUAAUGCUUAAUUAGUACACUAUGAUGCUAGAAAUCAUCAUUAUGUGACAUUAUUGCCAGGCACAUAUUUUUAUAUGGCUGCAUACAUAAUAAUCAUUUUUUAAAUUCAUUGAAGAAUAGCUACUGGUAAACAUUUUCAGUGAAAAAGAUCUCAGAAGUCACUUGACUAUGAUCCCUGAGACAAAAAGGUGGCUGGAUCAAUCGUUGAAUCUAGACACUGGCUGCCUGCAGCUCUAGAGAAAAGAUAACCAUUUCAUUUCAAAGUUGUCUAAAGAUGUCAUUAUUUUCUUUCAGAUCCUGUGACUGUUAGUUUAAGCUUAAUUUUAUCACUGUUGCUCACACAAACUACUAUUGUGUCCUUCCCCCAUUGUUUGAAUAAAAGAAGAUUGUUGACCUCUACCUUAUGGAGAAAUUCCAUGAUAGUCAGGGAGAAAUCAAAUCACUUUAUUUCAGAUAUAUUUAUUGAUAACCCAAUCUAUAAAGGCAGGAAAAAGUAUGACUGGACUUUCUUUUCUCAUGAUUAGUUUGUUUCAUAUAUUAUUUGAGUAGUAGCCAUGUAGCAUUUAUAACCACCUCUGAUUAUUUUUGAAGACAAAUCCCCAAUUUUGUUUCAGUAAUAGAAUAGAAACAGAAGAUCUUAUAGUCUUACUUUAAUUUAAAAUUAGUUUUAUGCUAGAAAUAAUAUCUUUGCAAUACAGUCUAUCUGUAAAGUAGUUACAUGUUAUGCAAGACAUAACUAUACCAGAUUCUGAUGACAGAAACUCUUUAAAACCUAGGUUGAUUUAGAAAUAUGAUGAUUAACAUUGUAAAUAUUUAAUGUUUGUGUCAUUGGUGAGUUAAAGAUAACUGUUUUAAUUGUCCUAAUUCCCAAAUGGUACAGCAUUGUCUGUAGACUUGUCCAGCCUGGGGCUUAUGGGUCACAUGUGUGCCAGGAUAGCUGAGAAUAUGGCCCAAAAGAUUUGUAGAUGACGUCAUGUUGCAGUGUCAGAAUGCUGGAAACUGCUGGCUUCAUUGUCACCACUUUCACCUGAAUUGAUAAAGUCCAGAAAAAAAUUGAUUUAUUUUUUAUGACAAGUUAAGGCUAGAAUAUAUUGUAGUAGAGAAUUCAUGUUACAGUUGUGGUUUUGGAAAGAAAAGAAAUUAGAGCUACAACCAGAAAGCCAUUAUAAUUUUGAACACUUUUUCUUUUCUUUAUACUUCUUGGGGUAAAUACUCAAAGCACCCAUAAAUUUGCCAUGACCCAGAUAAUAGGAAAGAAAUUAUACACCUUUAACUAAUUCAUACCUAGAAAUAUAAACAGAUUUUUCCUAGCAAAGUCUAAAACCACCUUUAGUUAUCAUCACACACUAACAGUAGGAAGUUGAGCAUUCUCCUUGAGUUAAUGAGUAUUUGAACACGAAGAAAUUUCUACACUUUAGUAAACAGUACCUCUAAAACCUGAACCUCGUCAAGAUGAAUACCUUAUUGUGGUUUGUCUUGUUUCCUUUUUAGUAAACAUCUACUCAAAAUAAAUAUCUAUUGCUAUACAGUGAAGCCUAAAAGAGGGAUCAAAUAAAAAUACUAAAGCUACUUUCUGA